AUGCAUCUUCAACUGGGUUUGGCUGCCAUCGUGGGCUGCGCAUUUCAACCUGUCGCAGCGUACGUAGCUCAGCAGCCACGAUCUCAAGAGGGAAAAUGCCAGAAAACUACGGUUGCAAUCUUAGGAGCCGGGAUGGCAGGAAUCAAGGCUGCUCAAACUUUGUCCAAUGCAUCGAUCCAUGACUUUGUCAUUCUAGAAUACCGUGACACAAUCGGAGGCCGCGCUUGGCACACGAAUUUUGGCAAGGACGAAAAUGGAGAUCCUUAUGUCGUGGAGUUGGGUGCCAACUGGAUCCAAGGCAUUGGGACUCCGGAUGGGCCACAGAACCCUAUUUGGACACUAGCCAAAGAGUUCAACCUCAAGAAUACAUUUUCCAACUAUGACAACGUCUCCACUUACAAUGAGAACGGAUAUGCCAACUACUCGCAUCUCUUUGAGGAGUUUGACGCCGCCGACGAGAUUGCCAAUGCCGCGGCUGGCACGAUCCUACUGGAGAAUCUACUGGAUCAGACAGCUCGGACAGGCCUCGCUUUAGCUGGCUGGAAGCCCAAAAAGACCGACAUGGAGGCGCAGGCUGUUGAGUGGUGGAACUGGGACUUCGAGGACGCUUAUUCACCACUCGAGAGCUCUCUGGUAUUCGGCUAUGCUGGGAGCAACCUGACCUGGAAUGGCUUUAGUGACGAGGACAACCUUGUAUGGGAUCAGCGCGGAUAUAACACCAUCAUCAAGGGCAUGGCAUCGCAAUUCCUCAAGGCGAACGACACACGGCUCCGUUUGAACACGCAAGUCACCAACAUCACUUAUUCCGACAAAGGAGUGACGGUGUACAACAGCGAUGGUACUUGCGUUCAAGCGAAAUAUGCCCUAUGCACAUUUUCCUUGGGUGUGCUGCAGAAUGACGCCGUCACCUUCACACCGGAUCUGCCCUACUGGAAGCAGACGGCGAUUGAAAAGUUUACCAUGGGCACCUACACCAAGAUCUUCCUUCAAUUCAACGAGACCUUCUGGCCCUCAAACACACAGUACUUCUUGUACGCGGACCCUAAGCUUCGUGGCUGGUAUCCCAUCUGGCAAUCCCUCUCGACGCCUGGUUUCCUGCCCGGAUCCAACAUUCUUUUCGUCACCGUGACCAACCAGUUCUCCUAUCACGUCGAGAGCCAGUCAGACGAGGAGACUAAAGCCGAGGUGAUGGCAGUGCUGCGCAAGAUGUUCCCGGACAAGGACAUUCCAGAGCCGACUGCAUUCAUGUAUCCUCGCUGGAGUACCGAGCCCUGGUCAUACGGAAGCUACUCGAACUGGCCCGCAAGCACCGGCCUGGAGGAACACCAGAAUCUGCGCGCCAACACCGGCAGACUGUGGUUUGCAGGAGAACACACGUCUCCAAGCUACUUUGGGUUCCUGCACGGAGCCUACUUUGAAGGUCUUGAUGCCGGACGACAGAUCGCGGCACUCUUGCAGGGCCGCUGCGUCUACUACAAUUCGACGAUGGAACGGCUGUGCGGCCCUCGUACGCAUUACGAGACACUGCAUGGAAUCACGCCUCUGGCUGAUUAUAGUGCAGUCAAUGGCUGGAUUUCCAACAGUUUCUACGAUUACAAUGAUGAAUAG